AUGGCCACCACUCUCACCAACGGCCAUGCUUCAAAAUCCGCAGAUGCGGCCGAACUCCGUCGACUCAACCACAACCAGGCCGAUGUCGUGAUUAUAGGCGGCGGAAUUCUGGGCUGCGCCCUCGCAGUCGCAUUGGGACGUCAGGGGCGGAGUGUGAUAAUGCUGGAAGCCUCGCUCAAGGAGCCCGAUCGCAUCGUGGGUGAGCUGCUGCAGCCCGGGGGUGUCCAGGCUCUGGAGCAGCUGGGUCUGCAAGAAUGUCUGGAGGGCAUCGAUGCGAUCCCCGCGCAGGGCUACUAUGUCUCGUACUUUGGAGACGUCGUGUCGAUCCAGUACCCGAAACCCUCACCUACGGCGCCGGCGCCGGAGGGCCGCUGCUUCCAUCAUGGCCGCUUCGUGAUGAAGCUGCGCGAGGCUGUGCUGGCGUGUCCCAACGUCAGCGUCGUGGAGACCAAGGCGACGGACCUGGUCACUUGCUCGCACACCCAGCAGGUCCUUGGUGUCGAGUGCGAGGCCAAGGACGGCACCAAGGCGUGCUACUUCGCCCAUCUUACUGUCGUCGCUGAUGGCUACGCCUCCAAGUUCCGCAAGCAACAUCACCCGCACACCCCCAAGGUGCGCUCGCGAUUCUGGGCCCUCGAGCUCAUCGAUACCAAGCUACCUAAACCGUACUACGGCCACGUCCUGCUCAGCGACAACGCCCCCAUCCUCCUGUACCAGAUCGGCACCCACGAAACGCGCAUCCUCGUCGACAUCCCCGAGAACCUGCCCUCGGCCUCCGUCAAGAACGGCGGCGUCAAGAACCACCUGCGCACCGUCGUCCUCCCCUCCCUCCCCGAAUCCGUCCAGCCGGCCUUCCUUGCCGCCCUCGAACAGGGCCAGCUCCGCUCCAUGCCCAACUCCUUCCUCCCCGCUUCCACAAACAAGACCCCCGGCCUGGUCAUCCUCGGUGACGCCCUCAACAUGCGCCACCCCCUGACCGGCGGCGGCAUGACCGUCGCCUUCAGCGACGUGGUCACGCUGCGCGAUCUCCUGAGCCCCGCCAAAGUCCCCAACCUGGGCGACACUAAACGCGUCCUGAACCAACUUGCCGCCUUCCACUGGCAGCGCAAGAAGUCCGCCUCUGUCAUCAACAUCCUUGCCCAGGCCCUCUACUCCCUCUUUGCCGCGAACGAUCAAUACCUCCGCGCCCUCCAACGCGGCUGCUUCCGCUACUUCCAAAUAGGCCUCACUGACGGCCCCGUCGGCCUCCUCGGCGGCCUCGUCAAGAAACCCUCCGUCCUAUUCAUCCACUUCUUCUCCGUCGCCCUCCUCUCCCUCUGGGUCCUCAUCCGCGAGUAUCCGCCCUACCUCUUCCCCAUCGCCCUCUUCAAAUGCAUCAUGACCUUCUGGACCGCCUGCGUCGUCAUCUUCCCCUACAUGCUUAUCGAAGCGUUCUGUUAA